UAGUAUGUUCGACUUUGUAAAUUUCUUGGUACUAACUACAAAUAAUUUUUUUUAUACUUAGAUAUUUUAAUACUUCUUUAGUACCUAAUACAUACUACUUAGUAUUUAAUAUUUAUCAAUUUAUUAUUACUAUUUUAUUAUGCGUGCAAUAAGUUAUUUAUACCUUCCGCGUCGAUUCGAAACAAUUGAGUACUUAUUUGUUUAGUUGGCUGGUGCCAGGCGCCACACUUGUUGGCCCCUCGGAAAUCAUCUUAAGCCUUUUAACUGCUUUUACAUUUUAGUUUUGUUAGACAACCUAUGCUUAUUUAAUGCAAUAUGAAUGAAUCGACGGCAAUAGUGUACCCAAUAAAAUAUUAAACCAAAAACGAAAAUAUGGCUGAGCUGGAUAGUGAAGAUAGUUCAGAUGGUACGUUAGUUAUUGAUGAACCGAAUUAUGAUAAUCAAACAAUUGAAAUAUUAGAUGAUUCUGAUUCUGAUUCUAAUGUGGAAGUUGUUGAAUUAAAUGAUGAUAUUGAAGAUAAUUCAGACGUGGAAGUUGUUGAAUUAGAUGAUAAUGUAAACAAUAAUUCGGAUGUGGAAAUUGUUGAAAUAGAUAAUCAUGUAGAAAAUGCUGCUACUUCAUUGAAUCCUUCAGGUUUAACCUGUAAACCCUGCUCUAGAGUAUUUUCUACUAACAAUGAUUUACUCAAUCACAUCAGAAAGUUUAAAGGAAGAAUAGGAGGUUGUACCAAUAUACCAAAUAAUACAUUUACUAAAAGGAAAAAUGUUGAAUGCCCAAAAUCUGAAUGUUUAAUAAAAAAGAAACGUGGCAGGCCUCCAAAAAAUAAUAAUAUUACUGUUCCUCCAGUUCCUUUACCAGUUCUCAAACCUGUUCCUAAAACUAUUCCCCUAAAUCGUCCAUCGAUACCAGAAUUAAUACCAAUAAUAUUCAAGACUGUUACCAAACCUACUACUGAAACCAAUAAAACUAUUUUACCAUCUCUUAGUCAAAUAUUAGUUGAUGAAGUUGAACCAGAAUAUCCAUGUACAGUGUGUGGUGAAGUAUUUCGUCAUAAUAUUGCUCUUUUAUGUCAUUUGAAUACUGAACACAAUAAUGAAACAAUUAAUAAAAAGGAUGAAAACAAAGAUAAAAAAUCAACAAAAUUGGGUGUAAAAAAACAGAUUAUGAAAAAACAUCAUGUUAAUGAAAAUAGGCAAAUAGAAAAUUGUGAGCCCAUAUCAGACACUGUUGAUUUAACACUAUUACCAGAUUUGAAAAAAGACAGCUUGAUGAAUAGAAUGAAAUCGUACAUUAAUACUUCAGACAAAGGUCAAAUAACUUGUCUUCUAUGCAAUAUAGAAUUUAAAAAUACUAAAAAAGCAUUAGCUCAUGUCGAAGAUAAGCAUAUAAUGGAUAAGCUAGAAUGUGGUUAUUGUAAUAUGAAAUUUGUUUUUCAAUUAAAACUAAGAAGUCAUAUGGCAAAAAGACAUAAAGUUAUUGGUGUGUACAAAUGUGAUAAAUGUUCAAAAAUGAUAAAUAACGAAGAAAAAGUUUCUCAUUCAGAAGAAUGUAAAGGAAAAAUGAACCCAAUAAUAAUCAAAAAAGAAGAAAUGUCUAACAGUUUAUAAAUUUAAAUAAUUAUUUAGUGGUAAGUAAAAUGUCAACAAUCUAAUACCAAAGUAAAAACAUACUAUAAAGUUUUUAUUUAAAAUAUAUAAGUAGUUAUAAUACUUGAAAAUAUAUAUAAAAACAGUGUAACGCCUUUGUGUCCGAGUCCUAAGGGCAUAAAUAUAAUUAUAUAUAUAUUAUACAUAAUAUAAUGCGUUAAAUGAAAGCUAAACAUUUUAUUUUAGAAUUAGGGAAGUUAAAUAUGUAGUUGAAUGUUUAGUUUUAAUUUUGUAUUUAAAGUCAGCAUUUUACUUCUAAAAAGUCGAGUUAGGAAUUCUGUGAAAAUGAAAAAAAUAUUCAAAUACUGUGUGUUUCUUUAACAGAAUUGAUUUAUAACAUUUUACUCUAAGAUAGUCAUGUAAUUAUUAAACAUUCAAUCAGUAUAUCCAUUGUCCAAGUGUCUUUAAUAAUAAUAACGAUAAAGUAGUUUAUUAAGUAAAUCAAUUAAACGUUUUUUUUUGUAAUGUUCAUGGAUCAAAAAGUAUUUAUAUUAGUAUCUACAUGAAUAUUUACAUCAAAUUAGUUGUAAACUAAAGUACUUGGCAUGUCUAAAUAACUAAAUUAUAUUCUGAUAAUAGUACUCAGUUUCAAUAUUAUUAUUAAAUAUUUUUGUAACUUUGUAAGUAACUGCAUUGAAUUACAAACGGCUCACACAUAUUUGGUUGUAGUUGGAUAUAAUUGAUAUAAAAUUAAAAAUAUUUUAACUGAAACUUUUGUACAUUUUAAUUACUUAAAAUAUUGAGUCACUUGAUGUUUAGAAUGUUUUAUAUGAUAACUAUGGGAAAACAAUAAAUAUGGUAACCCAUUUUAUGAAUAACUAAAUUAAAUUAAAUAAUAUUUAAGGAAUAUAACCAUUCUUUGUUACAACUUGCUGUCAGUUUUUAUAUAAGUUAAAUAAAUGAUAUAUUAUUGUAAUACUAAAAGUUAUGCAACUAACUGUAG